AUUGACGGUGGUAAUUCAAGGUGUGCGUUACUCGUUUGAGUGAUGUUUGUGCUUGUUUCACUUAAGGAUACUGUUGUUAUUAAGCCUAAUUAUUUCGGUUCAGAUAUGAAAGAAAUAAUAGAGCAUGAGCUUAAUUCUCGUUUCUGCAACAAAGUAAUUUAUAAAGUUGGUCUAUGCAUUUCAUUGUGGGACAUUUUGAAAGUCGAAGAAAGCUUUAUAUCAGAUGUUGAUGGUGCCUACUAUACUACAGUGAGCUUCCGAAUCGUUUGCUUUCGUCCAUUCAUUGAAGAAAUUCUCAUUGGGACUGUAAAAUCUCUCUCCAAAGCUGGUUUGCGUGUGUCAUUGAACUUUUUUGAUGAUGUCUUUAUACCUGCAGAAAAACUACGCUCACCUUCACGAUACGAAUAUGAACAGAAUGCAUGGAUAUGGGAGUAUGCAUACGAAGGUGAAACAGCUGAGUUGCGCAUUGAUAAACAUGAUACGAUUAGGUUUCGUGUGGUUGAAGAAGUCUGGUCUGAUCCGAAUCCCGAUAGCGACAAAACUAAUAGUUCGACUUCUAGUGAUCCAUUAGGGUACGGUGAUGGUAAUCCCGACUCUCUAAUUGAAACCAAGGCUCCCUACACAAUAAUUCAAACGUGGAUAGUAGCUAGCGGUGAGAUUCAGGAUGCACAUUUCGUCUUAUUUUGGACUGGUUAGCUGGAUUUACCUGCAUCUCAGAGUUGAUGUUCACUCCGUCACUCUAACCUAAUACCUUUACGCUCUACUUGACUACUGAUUCCAGAUUUCCACUCGCUUGUGCAAUGGGUUCAGUUGUAGCCGAUGGACUUGGUGUGACUUGUUGGUGGGUCAGUUAACCUGAAAGAGAACACUACAAUAUUAUUGUUCAUGAUGUAUGUAUUUACAAAAGGUUAAACUUUAUUCUUAUCAUUGUUAUUGUGAUUAUUUUUCUAAAAAUAAAAUACAAAUGUUGAUGAUAAUGAUUUCAAUGGAGAAAAAGAGAGAAAAUAUGUAUGCACUUUUAUCCCUCCCUUUUUAAAAAGAAAUGAAAACAUAAUAAAC